UGCGGCACUUCGGUGGCCUCCCAAGCUCCGCCGGCGCUGGGCAGCUGCCAGCCCGAGGGAGCCCUCCCGACCUAAGCCCCCGACUCGGUCCCAGACCCCCGGCUGAGUCACCUCCCUGGACAUCAAAGGGGAUCAAAGCCGGGGAGGGACAAGCCACCCGGGCACAACUUUUCUUCCCCUCCCGCCCCUCCUCCCAGUUGUUUUGUGUUUGGUUACUGGCUUCUCUUGGCAGCAAAAUGUUGGCGGGGCGGAGGCGGGGGGUGCGGAGGGGUGGCAAAUCUGCAGGAAAAAGCCUCGGCACGGGACACAUCCAGGAAAACAAUGUGGUCAGCUGAAGCAGGAAACGGGUUAGAGGAUAGGGUCGGGGCUGGGAAAACCGAGGGGGAACCAGCGGAAGGCAGCCGUCACCUCCCCCAAGUUAGGGACGAUAGCGACUAUAAAUGCCACCCUCAAUAUUUUUUUGCCACCCAAGCCGAGAGAUCCCAGAUAUCGCACCCAAUCCCAGGCUGGGGAUGGGGGCAGGUUGGUGAGGUCGCAGUCCCCACUCCUCGCACCAGGAGGUGCCCGAGAAGAUCCUAACUCGGUCGAGGCCCAGGAAGCGGGAGGGACGCGAGCCGAAGCGCGGAGCCAGGCGUCUAGCUCCCCCGCGUGCCGCAGCGGCGACCCUUCCUCCUUGGUUGUUCCUUUUCCUCCGAGCGCCGGGAGGAGGAAGCUCCCGCUAGCGUCUCCCACUUCUCGCGGCUGGAGGAAGGGGCCACGCUGAGGAAAUCGGUGCCCCAGUCCCUUGAGGAGCCUCCGCCAACUCUGCAGGACCCCGCCGGGAACCAGAUCCCGCCCCUUUACCAAUCACCGCCCGCUUUCUAUCGACCGAUGGGGCCUAUAGCCAAUAGGAAGAGCUGAUCCCGAGAGGCCCGGAAUGAGGGGGAGGAGCUGGCAAAACUUGGAGGUGUGACUAGCGCUGUUGAGGCGUGGUCACAGAUUAAGCUCCACCCCAGGUUGUCGAACCCUUCGGUAGAACUGAUGGGCGGGAUUAAGAUGGAGCGGACCACCAAACACAAACUCUUGAGCGAAGGCAUGGCCAAUUGGGCCUGGGUAGAGAGGGGGUGUUGCGGAGAAUUAUAGCCAAUAGAGAGUAGAGAACGGCGGGGACUGUAAAUUCUCUUCCAAUAAGAAACGGGAAGGGCGUGCCUUGCCACUUUCUCCAGGGCUAAGGGAGGAUUUGCCGAAACUUCCCGAAGCCAGCCAAUGAGAUCGGAGGCGGAGCCAAGCUCGGCCAACCAAAAAGCCGAGCUGAUCUCAGCACCGUUACUGGGGCGGUGCCUAUAGCCUUCAAGCCACUAGCUCUCGGCAGGGGAGGCCGCGGAGCCUGCCAAUGCGGGACGGAGGCGAGCUCUAGUUCUCCCAAUCGGUGCGCGGCGCUGGCAAUUCAAACUGACACCAGGUUGGAGAGACAGGAAAAGCGGAAGAGGGAGCAAAAACCAACGUGUUCGGUGACAGACCCAGGCGCCGACUGAGCCCCAAAAGCGACUUCAGCUCUGCCCCACCAACACCACCUCGCGCCCGGGAACGGCUGCUCCGGGAAGAGACCUGAGAGGACUGCGGGGGCACGGGGGACAGCUGAGGGGAGGGAGGACACGAGAGAAACGGCGCGAGGGCGAGCACGCUGAGGGCUGGGGACUGCCAGGAGAGGGGCCCGCGGACCCGCAGAGCGGAGCAAGGUCCGGGAGAGAGCGGGGCGGGACGGAGGAGAACGCAGGACCUCCCGGAGGAAAGAGCGAAGGGAGUUCCUGAAUCCUGGGAAGAGGAGGCGCGGUAGGGACGCUAAGCCCGAGAUCCCUGAGCUGGGAACGGGAGCGCUCUAGGGGAGGGGCUUAACGCUGGGAAAGGGACGUCUUAAAAGAGGAGAAGCUUUAAAUAAAAGACGAUCGGAGGAGGCUGAGGGAAUUGCUGUGAAGGGGCGGGAGCUCAGGGGUAGAGGACUCCUUCAGACAGGAGAAAGGGAAAGCUGUUGAGAAGUUCGUUUCAAACCCCACCCGCCUCCUCUCCAAUUCAAACUCCACUCCCUUCUCCGAAAGUUAAAAGGAAAGCCAGUUUGCCGCGCUCCCCUGUUUCUACUCAAUAAAUUUUGCUUCUGCUCCUCCACCAGGAAAACAGAAAAGAACUCGUUUCCUUCCCAGUUUUAGGGCUUAGAGAAGCUCGAAGUCUCGCAACUUGGUUUUUAGCCUAGGGAAAUCAAAGUAGUAGGAGCAAUUGCUCUUGUUUCCUUUUUCAACAUCCUACACCUCAUCCUUCCUGCGACGCCAUGACUACCAACAUUUGUAGUUUCAAGGACCGGUGCGUGUCCAUCCUGUGUUGCAAAUUCUGUAAACAAGUGCUCAGCUCUAGGGGAAUGAAGGCUGUUUUGCUGGCUGAUACUGAAAUAGACCUUUUCUCUACAGACAUCCCUCCUACCAACGCAGUGGACUUCACUGGACGAUGCUAUUUCACCAAGAUCUGCAAAUGUAAACUGAAGGACAUCGCAUGUUUAAAAUGUGGGAACAUUGUAGGUUAUCAUGUGAUUGUUCCAUGUAGUUCCUGCCUUCUUUCCUGCAACAACGGACACUUCUGGAUGUUUCACAGCCAGGCAGUUUAUGAUACUGACAGACUAGACUCCACAGGUGUAAAUGUCCUCCUUUGGGGCAACUUGCCAGAGAUAGAAGAGAGUACAGAUGAAGAUGUGUUAAAUAUCUCAGCAGAGGAGUGUAUUAGAUGAAUGGAAUUAUGAUAUUAUAAUAUACAAACUUUUUUCUAUUUAAAAAUGUAUUAAUGGAUCAACUUUAAAAUUGUUAGUUUCCCAGUGAUCUUUUUUAGAAAACAAAAAUGGGGCAUUUGUUGAUGUAUUUAUUUGAUGUCUCUAAUUAAUUACCUCAGUUUGAAGCCAGUGGCAUUGUGCUUUUCUUCUAUUUCUACUUCCUCUCCCCUACCUUCUUCUGCCCUGUGUAGGUGUAUUCUUCAAUUCAGACAGGAGAAGAUUCUUUCACAUAUCACUCAGUUACCUCCCAAUCUGGGGGAGUUUUUCUUACAACUUGAUACCAGAUACCAUUAAUUUUACAUUCCUGAAUAAAGGCCUAGUAUUCAGCCAUGCAUAUAUCAAGCUCAACCGAAUUUUAAUAGAGGAUUAGGAAAACAAGCUGUUAGGUUUCCAUGGGCACUCGUUCUCAUAGGUUCUAUUGGUGAUAACUGCUUUAAUAUGGAGCAAGAGUUUGUGAAUCAGCAAAUAGAAUAAAUUAAAAUUAAAAUAUAUGGAGGAAUCCUCUUGAUUGCUCAGCAUGAUGUUAGAUAAAUGAGUUUGUCAGAAAAUACCAAUAUAUAUUGUUUACCAAUGUUAUUUAUUUACAUUCUUCUGAAGCCAUUAUGGAUAUUGUAUUAUGAGAGCUAAACCUAAAUAAGUUAUCCUGUUCCCUAGGGCUUUCUCUGUAAAUAGCAAAUUUUAGAAAAGUAGUCUGUCCUAAUUUGUAAAUAGAAAAAAACUGAAGAAGCGCUUUGCUUAAGCCAUUGUACAUUAUAAGGAGUUGGUUUGCUUUGCUUUGCUUUGUUUUGUUUUUUUUUUUAAAGCUGCACUCAGAGCCACACAGGAACAGGAAAACGGGAUAGUGUUGGAUUCUGGUUUUAUGUAAAGCUAAAAUAAAUGUAUCUCUUUAAUAUCUCAGUUGUAGGGAUUUUGUCAAUACCAAAGCAGACUGACUUGUGCUUUUGUAAAUAAGAUUUGUUCUAAAAAUGACCAUUCUUCCUUUAAUUUUUUAUUAUACCCACUUACAUGUAAAAAUAUAGAGAAAUAGUACUUAAAGUA